AUGUCCGUUUGCACCUCUGCUCAGAAGCGUGACAUUGCUCUAAAACUGCUGUGCAUUCCGUUCCAGUUCAAAGCCACAUGCUGUUCAGGUGCCAACGAGUCCCUGAAGCCGAUGUGCCCGCAGACCCCACCCCCCUCCAGGGUCCUCUCCUGCUGCUCUCCGGCCUCUCCCUCUGCUCCCGUCCUGCUGGGCUCUGGCUCUCCCUGCAGCCCACCGGCCACCUUCCCCGCUCUGGCUCUCCCCGCGGCCCGCUGGCCACCUUCCCCGCCCGGGCCCGGGCUCGGGCUCUCCCUGCAGCCCAGCGGCCACCUUCUCCGCUCGGGCCUGAGCUCUGGCUGUGGCCGCUUUCUGGAACAGUCUCCUCUCAGAGGUCCCUUGGCAUGCCCGGGCCCUGCCUGCUGCAUCCUGCGCAACGUUUCUGCUGUUCUCAUUGCCUCUACACGUAUCUGCAUCUGUAUCUGUGACUUUGCGUUAACCGUGUUGACUGCUGAGUCACCAUCCCUUAGACAUUUAAGAAUUCACAGUGUAGAGAGGCUUUAUGAAUGUAAGGAAUGUAAGAAAGCCUUUAGUAGUUCUUCAUCCCUCACUACACAUAUGCGUGUUCACAAUGGAGAGAGGCCUUAUGAAUGUAAGGAAUGUAGAAAAACAUUUAGUUACUCAUCAGCACUCACUGUACACCUAAGAACUCACAGUGGAGAGAGACCUUAUGAAUGUAAGCAGUGUGGCAAAGUCUUCAGUUAUUCCUCAGCCCUCACUACACAUAAAAGAACUCAUAGUGGAGAGAAACCUUAUGAAUGCAAGGAAUGUGGGAAAACCUUUAUUUUUGGUUACUCCUCAGCCCUCACUAUGCAUAAAAGAACUCACAGUGGAGAGAAACCUUAUGAAUGUACGGAAUGCAGGAAAGUCUUUUCACAAGCAUCAAACCUCAUUACACAUAAAAGAAUUCACAGUGGAGAGAAACCUUAUCAAUGUAAGGAAUGUGGGAAAGCCUUUAGUCGUUCUUCAGGCCUCACUAUACAUAUAAGAACUCAUAGUGGAGAGAUGCCUUAUGAAUGUAAAGAAUGUGGGAAAGUCUUUAGGCAAACCUCCAACCUGAUGACUCAUAGGAGAAUUCACAGUGGAGAAAGGCCAUAUGAAUGUAAGGAAUGUGGGAAAGCAUUUAGUCAUUCCUCACAUCUCACGGCACAUAUAAGAACACACAGUGGAGAGAGGCCCUAUGAAUGUAAGGAAUGCGGGAAAGUCUUUAGUCAGUCCUCAUCCCUCACUGCACAUACAAGAACUCACAGUGGAGAGAGACCUUAUGAAUGUAAGCAGUGUGGCAAAGUCUUCCGUUAUUCCUCAGCCUUCACUACACAUAAAAGAACUCAUAGUGGAGAGAAACCUUAUGAAUGCAAGGAAUGUGGGAAAACCUUUAGUCGUUCUGAACACCUCACUUCACACAUAAAGACUCAUAAUGGAGACAGGCCUUAUGAAUGUAACCAAUGUGGGAAAGUUUUUGGUUACUCCUCAGCCCUCACUACGCAUAAAAGAACUCACAGUGGAGAGAAACCUUAUGAAUGUAAGGAAUGUGGGAAAGCAUUUAGUCAUUCCUCAUCUCUCACUUCACAUAUAAGAACACACAGUGGAGAGAGGCCCUAUGAAUGUAAGGAAUGUGGGAAAGCCUUUAGUCAGUCCUCAUCCCUCACUGCACAUACAAGAACUCACAGUGGAGAGAGGCCUUAUGAAUGUAAAGUAUGUGGGAAAAACUUUAGUCGUUCCUCUUACCUCUCUCGGGCAGCCGCCAGUUUCCCGCUGCUCCGGUCUCUGGUGGUUAUUUCUCAGUCGGCAGUCGGCCUGCUUCCCUUUUCGGUGCCCCGCUGUCCGGCGUCUGAGGCGCUGCUCCCGCUCUCCCGCGCCCUCUUGAUCUCUCCGCCUCCCCGAGUCUCCGGACUUCCUGUCGCGGCUUCCCGCGCGAUCUUGGCCCUGCCGCCUCAGCCGCUUUCUGGACGCCGAGCGGCGCGGUCGGACCUGCGUCUCUCGGUGCGGGAACAGGUAACAUCGCGGGACCCCUCGCUGAGCCUACGUGAGGUUCUCGGCUCCGCAGCGUCAGCGUCACCUGGAAGUUGGUGA